AACGCAAACAUUUUUUAUCAAAUAUAUAUUUUUAAAUGUCUUCCGGUAUUGUUUACCUGCUGCUUAUGUAGAGUACAUAAACUAAGGGACACCGGUGUUUACGUGUUAUUUACAUUAGGUACUUGCUCAUGGAUUAUGGUAAAGGGUACAGUAUAUUGAAACAAGUACGGUAGUGGUCACGCUUCAAGAAAUCGAGAAAUCCGGGGGAAAGAGGGCGCACUUGUUUGAAAUGGAAAAGCGCCGUUGUAGCUACUAUAUUGAUAAAGAAGAACAUCAAGUCGGAUGCACUUUUGAGCGCUACAUCCCGAGGGGUUCGUUCUGCUUGUGACAGUCGGUUAAAUGGCGUCCCUUGACAAGAUGUAUGUCAGAAGAAGUGCAGUAUUAUCGUAGGGAGAGUUAUACUUGGAAUACGGAGGAUGAAUGGAGCGGAAAAGAGGCAGAGAGGAAGAGGGUGAACUUGAGUCGGUUAAAACGGCGGGGAAAUUGAGAUUGUUAAAGAAGAAUGGUAGAAAGUGUAACAGAGUGAGUUUAAGACGGGAGGAGAAAUGGAAGUGAUCGAGGGCGAAGUAUCGGAGGUGGUAGGUGUGGUGAAGUUCUCGGGGCCCGAGGCUUGCACUGAGGGUCAGGAUAAAGAUGAGUCUGUGACAGUAGGAGGGAUUUUUUUUUAAGUGGACCCCUUUGAUCCAUUUGAGGUUUCAGGGUGGGUGAAAACAGAGUUGGAUGUUGUGGAAUCGCUGAGGGUAACCAGAAGUGGUCUUGUGAUAAUUGUAUGUGUUUCUUCUGGUCAGGGGGAGCGCGGUGUUAAACCUUUUGGUAGGCCGUCAUUGUAUUUAAGAAUGUGUUUUUAACUGGACUUGCCUAGUUAAAUAAAGGUUAAAUAAAUAAACAAAAUGGGGGCAAGAUAUGUGAAUUGUUUUGCUCUCAAGAAAAGGGUGCCAUUGAAAUGAGUUAUUACUGGGGUUGUUUGGUGCAAAGCAGACAGACAUGGUGGCGUGAGGGGAGAAACAGAAGAUUCAGUGUCUGUUCUUUUGAGUUUUUAUGUUGAGUCUUUGCCGGACAGUGAUGUUAGUAUAUAUAAGUUAUCCUGUAUGAACUUUUGUGCCGACUACAUUACGUUGUUACAGGUGUCAAGCUUAUGGGCAUGUAGCAUUGGGGAAAGUAGUGGUAUGUGUUAAUUGUAGGGGUAUCCAUGUGGCUGGGGAUUAGAAAUGUCCCAUGCAAGAGAGGCAGGUUGAGGUUUCCAGGGUUAGAGUAGUGCAGAAGUUGUCAUAUGGUGAGGCAGCGAAGAAGGGUCAAGGGGGAGGGGAUCCUGAGAGGAGUAACAGAUCUGUACCAGUACAGAGGGAUAGGCCAACAAGUGAUAUAUGUUUCAGUAAGAUUGGAUUUUUGGCAUCUAUAGUAAUGGUUAUCAACUAUACUGCAGGGAUGAAACGUAAGUCACAGAAAAUAGUUGUUGUGGUAGCUGCAGAGAGGUAUUUUAGUAUGCAAGACUUGACAUCAGAAGAGUUACAGGGUGUGUUAAGUGGUGGUGUCCCAUCAUUUCAGACUGUUUGCCUAAAGUAGGAAUAAAUAUAUUUAAAUCGUGGAGUAGGGUAUUUAUUAUUUGAGUCUAGUGUUAGAUGGUAGGGUAUUUUUUUUUUUUUUUAUUGGAUUUUUAAAAAAAAAAUUAAGAUGUUUUUUUUUCAAAUCAAAGUACAAGGGAGUUAUACUCCAGUCUAGUAGGUGGCGGUAAUGCAACAUUUAUUGGAUGCCAACCGCCUUUAAACAUCAUCGAAGAAUAAUAAAAAGUACGGUAGCCUAACACAGCCAACAGACCCAAGACAAAAUUGAUGUAGCCAUUUAGCUAGCUGGAGAAGUAAAAUAGAUACAUUAUACUAGUUUGUUUGGUAGGUAGAUUUCACUCUAAUUCAUAAUUUGAUAUAACAAACAAAAAUAAACUUACAACACUGGUAAACAGCAAGAUGUGUUGUGAACGGGAUUGACUUGGGCACUGUCCUGUCCCCACAUGUUUCACUUAAGGAAUAUGCAGGCAGCUUUCUGUGGACCUGAUCUUGGCCCUGGUUAGUUUACCUUCUAAAUAGGUGGACUUCCAUUGUCACUUGAACUAGGCCGGGUUCUCCAUGUCCAUGUUUCGGCUCCGAGCUGUGACUGGGAGCCGCUACCUGCGCAGGUUUUUGCAUGGGGGAGCAGCGAACCGGGAUCAUGUUCUGGAGCAGCUUGGCAUCUGCUCUGGUGAAGACCAAGUGUUGGAAGUGGUCGGCAAGAACAAGGCCAAGCUUACUGUGAACCACGUUGGCUGUGCCAUAGGCAUGCUCUGGCAUUUCCAGAAGGAGAAGCCACAGAUGCUGAGAACGGUUGAGUUCAUCAAAAGCCACCCAGAGUUCCUGACUCUCCGGGUGCUGGCUGAGAACAAAAUUGAGCUCAUGGAUGAUGUCAUGUUGGUGGACAUGCUCUACAAUGUUCUCAGGCUCAAUGUGGAACCAUCUGAUUCUCUUGCUCAGCAAUUGGUCUCAGAGGCCUGGCUCAGAUUAUACAGAUUUCCAAUGCCAUCACUGUCCAAGUUUGCUGUCUGUCUAAGUGAUCAACAUCUGCAGCACAGUCCUCCAAUGGGUCAAAUCACUGACAUUUUGAAUCGGAAACUCUCCUCAAUUGAUGAUGCCAGGAUCCUGACAACCCUGAUGGUCAGCGUGUCAUCUUUGGUGUCCCCUCAUCUGCGGGAUAAACUCAUCAAUAAGGCAGAUCAUCUCCUUGACACCAUGGAUCCCUCACAUUACAACAACCCCAGGAGGAUGGUGCAGUUCCUGCGCAACAUCAAGUAUAGUUACCGUCCCCUGCUGGAGAAGUGCAACCAUAUUCUCCUGCGCAAUGUUCACCACCUAAAUGCAGAGAACAUAAGCAUCAUCAUGGGGCUCUACCAGUCAAUACAGUUCAACAACUGUGACUUCCGUCUGGCUGCAAAACAAAGGCUAAUGGAACUCGUGGACUCGAGCGCAGACCCUUUCUCCUUCACCAAGCUGUUUGUUGCUCUUGGGCCUAUGGCAGGGGAGGACACCAAAGAGAGGUUGGAGAGUACAGCACUGCUACUGGCAGAAGAUUUUAAUGCCCAUCAGGCCCUGGCUGUGGCAGAGACACUAGAGGAGAUUCAGUGUAGAAACCUGAAUCUGAUCCAAAAGAUUGCAUUAGUAGUCCACAAGAACCUGCAUGUCUACAAGCCCAUGGAGAUAGCCAGGAUCACACAAGCCCUGAUCCUGCUGCAUUACCAGAGUCCAGAGCUCUUCACUAAAUUAAGGAACAUUCUGGUUCAGUUCUUGCUGAACAGUGUCUACCCAUAUGAAGUGACCAUGCUGACUCGUGUUCUCUCCAUGCUGCCUUCACCUCGACUCGACGAAGGCGUCGUUUCACGGGUGGAGGCAGUGCUGCCUCAGUGUAAUCUGAAUGACCUGAACACCUUUGCAAUGGCCGUCGCUAAGUGGGUGCGAAAUGACCCGUCCUACCGACACAGCACGCCCAGCAAGUAUGUGCGUCUGCUACAGAUCCUGAACCGCUGCGGGCAUGAGCGCCUGCGCAAGGCUGAUCGCCUGGACUUGGUGUUGGAGGAGCUCAAGUACAUGUCAGGGGAAUGGUUUGAAGAGAUGCUGCUGGAGGAGACCAUGGUUACACUCCAGAGGUUGGAGGACCAGAUAUCCUGGACCAAUGUGCCUGAGAUGGCCCUUUUCCUGACCAGGACUAAUCAUCUCUGUACUCCAUUAAUGGACCGCAUCGCUAGCGUGGCCAUGGAGAAUAUCAACAAGAUCCACUACUCAGCGACUUAUGCCACCUUGCUGCCCUUUGCCAUACUGAAUUAUGAUCCACCAGGGGUGGACGAGCUGUUUGACAUCUGCAUUCAGCGCGUCAUACCUCAUAUCAGUUCCUUUGACCCCCAUCUGCUUGUACUUCUCGCAUAUGCCCUGGCUGUGGCUGACUGCUUCCCGGAGGACCUGGUUCGAGAAAUCUUCAAUGUGAAUUUCCUUGCCAAGCUGGAUUCCCAGUUAGAAACCCUGCCUGACGCCCUCAACAAGCGGAUCCGCCUGCGUCUCAUGGAGCUAAAUCGGGCUGUGUGUCUGGAGUGUCCAGAGUCCCAGGUUCCCUGGUUCCACGAGCGUUACUGCCUCCAGUUACAGAAGAAAGGGAAUGGUUCCAUCAGUCCUGUCCAACAACAAAUCCACAAAAUGCUUGGGGAAGUUCUUGGAGGGAUUAAUUGUGCCAGAGUGGCAUUGCUCACUACUUAUUUCUACACAGUAGACUUUGAAUGUGUUCUGGACAGACACCACCAGGCGGUGGCCUACAGUGAGCAGAGCCAGCUGCAGAUAUCUGAAGAUGGGAAAGUCCGCUGGGGUUCUGACUCUGUCGGGAAGGAUCGGAGUGAGGUCCCUCCAGGGGCACAACGUGUUGCUGUGGACUUCUUGGAUUCCAAAUCAUUCUGCAAAAACUCUCGUCACAUGAAAGGGGAAGCCAUGAUGAGAAAGAGACAUCUGGAGAUUCUGGGAUAUCAUGUUGUCCAGAUCCCUCAUUUUGAAUGGAACUCUAUGGAGCUCUCCACACAGGAUGCAUGGAAGGAAUACCUUCGGAAGAAGAUAUUUACUGGGCUUCCCUGAAGCACCUAGAUGUUGAAUGAAGGACACGUGUUAUAUUGCUUUUGCUACUGAACUGUGAGAGGAAAGUCUGCCUUUUAGAAAUGUAUAUUUGCAGGCAGGUCAUUGACUUAUUUUUAAGCAUCAGAUGUUUAUCAAGUGCUCCUUAUUGCCAAGUCCAAAUCCUAAAGUGGACAUGGAGCUACCUCACCUCCUGCCAAGAAAAGAAAUGUAUCAGGCUUUUUAUAUGAACUGUCAUUUGUCAAAUAAUAAUAAUUGUUUGUAAUAAAAAAUAAAAAAAAGCUUUGUUUUGAUUCUGCCAAUGAAUCUGUUCCACAUAAAUAUAAUACAUUGAGCAGGAAGACAUGUAUGUAGACAAACUUUUAAGGUACAAACUUUACUUUCUUGCCCUUGUUUGUACCCUGUUUUGUUCUGCUACCAUGUGUUGCUGCCAUGCUAUGUUGUCUUAAAUCUCUUAUGUUGUGUUGUCUCUCUUGUUGUGAUGUGUGUUGUCCUAUUUGUUUUUUUUGCUGCACCCCCCGUCCCUGCCGUCUUUAUCCUUUUGGUAGCUGGUCAUUGUAGAUCAUAAUUUGUUCUAAACUGACUUGCCUUGUUAAAUAAAGGUUCAAUAAAAUAAACUUUAUAGA